AUGUCUCGUUAUGACGAUUAUCGGUCGUCGACAGGCACCCUCGACUCCCGCGACCGCUAUGAUCGGUACUCGCGGGGUCCCCCGGUAGCCGAACGACCCCGCCACGCCGAGGGCGAGCGAUUCGAGUCUCGUCUGCGCGAAGACGACCUAUACGGCCCGCCGGCACGGGCUCCAGGCCGAUACUAUGAAGACGACCACCUGGUUCAGCCUGCUGGUCCCCUGGUGGCGCAUGACCGCCGUCGUCGCCGUGACGAAAGCCCCUCCUUCCAACGACCCCGUCUCCUUAGGCGGCAGUCGUCUCUUGAUACCUUCGAUCGUCCUCCACGCCGCAGAAUGGAUGCAGACCGCGCCCCGCGUAUGGCCCGGGUGCCUGCACCACCGCCCCCUCGGCGAUACUCGCCGGGACGAUAUCGUGAGCGCGAGGUCUACGAGGAUAUAAGAAUCGCAGAGCCCGACUACUACGGCGAUGAGGAAUACAGAGAACUUCGUGACAGAGAACUCAUGGCUGAUCGUCGACGCCGUUCGAGUAGCGGGGCCCAUCACCGCGAGAGGCACGAGGACAAGCCGUAUCCGCGCAAAGGCAAGACUCGUCUCCCACGCCGGCUUGUGCAUAUCCAUGCCAUCCUGGAUUUGGGGUAUCCGUUCAAGGAGGAAGACGAUGUGAUUGUGAUCCAGGUGGCCUUAUCCAAGGACCAGAUCGACGAAGUGAUCAGUCUGAGUCGGGAAUUCCGCCGGCCCUCUCCCACGGAAACCGAAUUUCUCCAUAUCCCCGCUUCCCCGGCUCGAGAUUGGCCUCGGGAGCGCUUAAUGACAGAACACUUGACUGUCGAUGCCCAUUCCCCGCGCUCGAGCCACAAUGCCUUUAUUGUUGAGGCGUCGCCAUCGCGAUAUCGAUCCCACUCGCGCCGUCCAGAUAUCGAGUAUGAGGAGCUGAUAGAAAGACCCCGGGUACGAGGCAUCUCUCGACCGCGGUCCGUGUCCGUCCAUGGACGCCGUCGGUUGUCAUCGCCCGUGCAAUUGAUUGAACCACGACGCCACGAGGAGCGCCUUGAGUCUGACAGGCUUCACCCCGGUCCUCUAGCCAUCGUCGCACGUCCCCGCCACAGCGAUAAUGACGUCAGUAACUAUAUUCGCGAUCUGGAAGAGGAGAUGCGACUCCUUCGACUGGAGCGACAAGGCGGGAUAGAGAUUACCCAGCGGCGCGAAAUGGACACCAUUGACAAUCGGGGCAAUGAGGAGGAAGUGACCGAAAUCCGGCAGCAAGAGCGCAAAGAACCGAACUCCCGGAUUAUGCGUGCGAUGAUGGCCACGCUGACUUGA